AUGCAGCUCACAUGGAAAGAUAUCCCGGUGAUUCCUAACUCUACGGAGUUUUUGGAUGUUGUGCUUAACCGCACUCAGCGAAAAACACCAACUGUGAUCCGUCCUGGUUUCAAGAUCUCGCGUAUCCGAGCUUUCUACAUGCGCAAGGUCCGUUACACUGGCGAUGGCUUUUGCGAAAAACUUCAAGAGAUUGUCGACUCUUUCCCUAACAUCAACGAAAUCCACCCAUUCCAUCGCGAUUUGCUCGACACUCUUUACGAAAAAAACCAUUAUAAGAUUUCGCUGGCGUCUCUUUCUCGCGCAAAGUCUCUCAUUGAGCAAGUUACCCGUGAUUAUGUCCGUCUCCUCAAGUUUGGCCAGUCUCUGUUCCAGUGCAAGCAGCUCAAACGUGCUGCCCUUGGUAGAAUGGCUACCAUUGUCAAGCGUCUUAAAGACUCGCUUCUUUACCUCGAACAGGUCCGUCAGCAUUUGAGUCGUCUGCCUUCCAUUGAUCCCAACACGAGAACCCUCGUUAUUUGCGGCUACCCUAACGUCGGCAAGUCUUCUUUCCUGCGUUCUAUCACUCGCGCUGAUGUCGAGGUCCAACCCUAUGCAUUUACCACAAAAUCUCUCUAUGUCGGUCACUUUGACUACAAGUACCUGCGUUUCCAAGCUAUUGAUACUCCCGGUAUUCUGGAUAGACCUACUGAAGAAAUGAACAAUAUUGAAAUGCAGUCCAUUUACGCUAUUGCCCACAUCCGUUCUUGCAUUCUUUACUUUAUGGAUCUUUCUGAACAGUGUGGCUUCUCCGUCGAGGAUCAAGUCAAGCUUUUCCACUCCAUCAAACCUCUUUUUGCCAACAAGAAUGUUUUUGUUGUCAUUAACAAGAUUGACGUUGUUCGUCCUGAAGACCUUGAUCCUGAGCGCAAGGCCAUGUUAGAAACCAUGACAAAUAUCCCUGAUAUUCAUGUCGAGUUUUCUCAGCUCUCUUGUAUCACUGAAGAGGGUAUCAUGGAGGUCCGUAACAAGGCCUGCGAUGUUCUUCUUAACACCAGACUUGAGCAAAAGGCUAAGUCUUCCACCAAGAUGGCUGGUCUUCUUAAUAAGAUCCAUGUCGCUAGACCUCAGCUCCGUGAUGACGGUAUUGAGCGCGAACCUUUCAUUCCUGAAGGCGUCAAGGAUCUUAACAAGUAUGACGUCAAUGAUCCUAACCGCCGCAAGUUGGCUAAGGACAUUGAAGCUGAGAAUGGUGGUGCUGGUGUUUUCCAGCCUGACUACAAGGAUGCUUACAUUCUUGAUGAUGAUGCCUGGAAGCAUGAUAUUAUGCCUGAGAUUCUCGAGGGUAAGAAUGUUUACGAUUUCUUAGAUCCUGAGAUUAGCAAGAAGCUGCAAGAGCUUGAAGAGGAGGAAGAGCGACUGGAAAAGGAGGGCUUCUACGACUCUGAAGAAGAGGUUCUGGAUGACGAGGAGGAGGAGAUCCGUGAUAAGGCCGAGUGGAUUCGCCAGCGCCAGCUGCUAAUUAAGGAGAAGCGCAAGUCCCAGCGUUCUCUCAAGAACCGUGCCAUCAUCCCCCGCAAAAAAGUCAAGCGAACUGUUGGCGAUAUGGAGACUGCCAUGUCUGACAUUGGUGUCGAUGCCUCUGCCGUUGUCAACCGUGGCCGCCAGGCCGCUGCUGCCACUAAGCGCCGCACUCCUGUUACUGGCUCUGAUGUUGUUAUGGCUGAGCAAUCUGGCGAGACCCGCGAUGCCGCCAGAGUCCCCGACCGCAACCAGCCCAACAGACUUACGGAUGGUGUUGGCAUUGCCACCAGAACAAAGGCCGAACGUCUGGCCAAGCUCGACCUCCGUGACCGUGCUCGCAACAACCGCAGUUACGAAACUGAAAAGACAAAGACUGCUAUGCUGCCCAAGCAUUUGUACACUGGCAAGCGUGGUGUUGGCAAGACUCAGCGUCGUUAA